UGCGCCUGCGCCCAGGAACCUUGGUUGGCACUAAGAAAGGGUCACUGGGAUCCGAGGGAAGCAUGUCUGCCCCAUUUGAAGAGCGAAGCGGGGUGGUGCCUUGUGGGACGCCCUGGGGCCAGUGGUACCAGACCCUAGAGGAGGUGUUUAUCGAGGUCCAAGUGCCACCGGGCACUCGUGCUCAAGAGAUCCAGUGCGGCCUGCAGAGUCGACAUGUGGAACUAGCCGUGCGGGGCCAGGAGAUUCUGAAGGGCAAACUCUUUGAUUCUACAAUAGCUGACGAGGGAACGUGGACAUUAGAGGACAGAAAAAUGGUCCGCAUCGUUCUUACCAAGACAAAGAGAGAUGCAGCAAAUUGUUGGACCUCUCUCUUAGAAACUGAAUAUGCAGCUGAUCCUUGGGUACAGGACCAAAUGCAAAGGAAACUUACCCUGGAGAGAUUCCAAAAAGAAAACCCUGGUUUUGACUUCAGUGGAGCAGAAAUCUCAGGAAACUACAGUAAAGGUGGACCAGAUUUUUCUAGUCUCGAAAAAUAAAAACUGCCAUUUUUAACUAUGUUCCAUGGAUCCUAGAAGAUGUUGCCAAUGUAAAAGGAUUGGAUUAUGUGAUUGAAGAAAAUUACAUUUGCCUACACAACUGAAUGAGAAUUGUAAAAAAGAAAAAAAAAAUUUAAAUAUGACUUCAAAGAAUGCAUUCAAAAUGUAGUUUACAUAGAAAACAUUCUGAAUUUCAAUGGAAAUUUUUUUGGAGAAAUGGAUCUUUUUUUGGACUUACUUGGCUCAGCAGGACAUUUUAAACAGGUCUUGAACUCUUAUUAAUUUGUUAAGCAGUGGGCCAUAAUCAUGCAAAGCUCAAGUGUGCCUUCAGAGGAAAUUAAAUUUUUCUUUGGAAAACUGUAACUCAGAAUAACUGUCAAUAAAGCUUUCUAAUUCCAAAAAUGGAAUAAGUGUUACCCACCAAUUUUAGAGUACCAAAGGGAAAUGAUUCACUUCAAAAUCCAACAAUGAUGGAAAAAUAAAAAGUCUGAUUCUCAAACUGGUAAAAUAUUCCUAUGAAAUGUAGCUGUUUCAGUUAAGUUAAAUGCCUUAUUUUUUAUGUGCAUGAGGGAAGAGGGAGAUAAGGGGUUAAAUUAACAAAAAUGUAGUUUAAAAACAUGAUGUAAACAAAGUAUCUUUCUUAUGAACCUAAAUGUAACCCAAUAAACAAACUUCAGCGAAUCAGCUUUCCCCCGGAUAGUCAUAGGAAUCUGAAGAGGAUCAUUAGGGGUAAAAGUUACCCUGUGUAAGCCAAGAACAGUUUAAUUUUGUUUCUACCAAAUCACUUAUGAAAAUCAGACUGUUGAUAUUUAUUCCUAUAAUUUUGUAUAAACUAUAGUACCAAGUAUUGGGAUAUAACUGAUUGUUUGGGAAAUAAAAGAUCAAUGGAAGCCAAGGAUAAUUU